UACAUAAAUUUUCUCAUAAAUAAUCCUUGUAUUAGUUAUGCAGAUUUCAAAAUUGUAAACUAAACACUUGAGUAAUUUUAUACAUUCUCACCUCCAAACUAGCUACAAACGACCCCUUAAUUGUUUCCAAAGAUUAUUUUUCUUCAAGACGACUUGAAAAAUAAUUCGACAUAAACAGGAGUCAGGGUAAAAACUCUUGCUCUUCCAUAAAGAAAGAAAAAGAAGACAAAAAUUUCUGAAGAAAAGGUUUUUUUCUCCAUUAAUGGAUGCUCUACAGCUUGUCAACACACACGUCAAGCUCUUAGCCUUCGACUUCCUCAGUACUCUCAAACCAAUCCCUCACGAACCCACCUCUUUUUCUCGCAAAGGGAAGCGCCUAUCCCGCGCAGAGACAGUUGGUAUCAUCGUAAGCAGAGACUAUAAACCCAAUAGAUUUCUUAAAUUCGACAUUGACGAUGGCACUGGUUGCAUCCCUUGUGUCUUGUGGCUCAACCAGGACACUUCGCGUCACUUCUCUCGUCGUUGCCCAUCAACUGUUCGAUUAAUUUCCCAAAUGGCUGCUGAUUUUGCUUCUCAAGUUCAGCUUGGGGUAAUUGCUAGAGUUCGCGGAAGGAUUACUAGUUUUAGAGGGAACCUUCAGAUUACUCUUUCUGAUGUUGUUAUAGAGAGAGACCCUAAUUCCCAGAUUCUGCAUUGGUUAGAUUGUUUAAGGUUGGCUCGAAAUUGUUAUGACAAAGUUGUUGUUCCUCCUAAACCCUGAGUGCUGAUUGAUCUUGAAAUAGAAGAUGUUAUGUAAAUUGUGAUAUGCAAAAUGUUGAAACACAUGAAAUUCACUUAUCCAUAGAACCAUGUUGGGAUGCACAAAACUCUGGUUUGGUUGAUAUUAAUUAAUCGAAGUUUUGUGAAGAUUAGAAUGUAAAUUUUGCAUUCUUUGAAAACGAAAGACACCAGUCCAGCGAUUUUUAUAUAAUUAAUCUUCUUCCUGUGUGCCUAUUAAAAGUGAAAUUUACACAAAAUUGAGCACGUAUUGCCGAAAACUAUGGAGUUUUGCUGGAAAUGAAUAUUUGGCCAUUUCUGAUGAUUAUUCUUUUUCAGCAAUUUUUCAACUCCUCCUAAAACUCAUAAAAAUGGGGAUCUACAUUGAUUUGCAGAGUAAGACUUUUGAAUCUAUAGUAAUCAUGAAAAGUUAUAUAAUGAGAUAUAUACUACUCCCUCCGUCCAUCUUAUAUGACGUAGUUUGAUUGACACAUAUUUUAAAAAAUAAAGGAAGACUUUUGAAUCUUAUAAUUUAAAACAAGUUAAAGAUAUUUGCAUAGUUAUAAAUUAUUUUGUUAAUCGUAAAAACGUUAAAAAAUAAAAUUUAAAGUUAAAUUAUUAUCAAAUAAAAAAAUGUGUCCUUUUUUUGGAACUAAUAAAAAGAAAAAUAUGUCAUAUAAAUUGAGAUAGAGGAGUAUCAUCUUUUCUCGUAUCUUGUACGAUUAAGUUGUUGUCACAACUUCUAUUUUUUACUCUGGUGCAGUUAAAAGGAAGUGCAAACAAGUAGACUCUUAUGGUGUCACCUUAUUAUUAAUUACUACUAGUUACUAGCGAAAAAAAUUAUUAUGUGUCUCAUACAAUUGAUACUAGUUGCAUGAGAUAUAUAUUUUUUUUAAUCUCACAAACAAAUGAUUUCAAAUUUUGUGGACCUAAAAAUGUUAGAUUUGAGUUCACUUGUUUAUGAUACAAAAAGGUGCCUCGCAAGUCACAACUGGUGUCAAUUGUGUGUGGCACAUAAUAAAGUUUUUUGUUACGAAAGGGCAUUACUAAUAUAUAUAUAUAUUAAGUGCUAGUCCAUUGAAAUUUGUAUUUCAAAACAUAUAAAAUUUUAAACUUUUAUCAUAGGUAAGACACAUUCUUGAAAACAAACUUUUAUCAUAGGUAAGGCACAUUCUUGAAAACAAACUCCAAAUGAAAAGAUGCAACUAAGGUUUUAUGAAAAUUCAAAGAGGAUUGUGUGCUUUUAUUUAAAGUAUAUCUUCUCACAAGAUCAAAUUUGAUUUAGAACUUAGAUCACACUACUAAUUAAAAGAACAACGGAAAAGGUCCAAAAAUACCCCCGAACUAUUGAAAAAGGCUCAUAAAUACCCUCCUUCCACCUUUUGAUCUAAAAAUACCCUUCCAUCCACCUUUUAGGUCUAAAAAUACCCUUAAGGUUUGUUUUUGGCUCAAAUAUACCCCUCAAACUAACAAGUUAAAAUUAACUCUUUUAAAAAGCCAAAUGGCAAUUUGUAAUUGGUCAAUAAUAAAAUUCCGUAAUUUAAAAAAAAAUCCAAAUUUAAAAAAAAAUUGCCAAUAAUAAAUUUCCAGUAAUUUAAAAUUCCAUAUUUAAAAAAAAAAUUGCC